AUGGACGUGGAAGAGGGCAGUCCUGUAGCAGUGGUAGUAGCAGUAGUGGCAGCAGACACUGCUGGCGAAGCGGUGGCUCCAGGACCUUCGGCAGACACUCAAGCUGAAGGCCCUGCUGCAGUCCCCGAUGCCGUGACGACUGUCGAGGUCGAGGCACGCCACGCAACCAAGAUAACCUAUCGCCUGACCACGAUGGAUGGCAGGGAGACAGAGAUCUCCCUGACUGACGAUGCAUCUAUCUACGAUGCUUGCGUCGCUGCUGCCACCUGGAGGGGGCUGCAAGUUGGCCAGUUGAGGCUGGUGGUGCAGGCGACGGCAGA